GCAGGCUUCCGUUCAAACGACCCGGUGGGUCGAGAGCGGAAGGGAGGGAGAGAAGGUAGGAGCCCCGGCCUCCCUCACUGGCCUCCCUCCCAACACCACACCGCCCAGCCCCAUGGUCCCCGCCGCCGGCGCGCUGCUCUGGGCCCUGCUGCUGAGUCUGGGGCUCCAGGCGGCGGGGGCCCAAGGCCUGACUCCGACGGGGAUGCAGCGGGUCAGUUUCCGCUUUGGGGGCCCUAUGACCCGCAGCUACCGGACCACCGCCCGGACUGGUGUUCCCCGGAGGAUGAGGGUAACAAUAGAGGAUGAGGAUGACCUUGCGGCCGAGGCCGACCGCCUGGCCGGCCCGGCCGCUGCCGAGCUCUUGGCCUCCACAGUGUUCACAGGCGUCAGCCGGUCGCGUUUGCUGCAGGAGGAGGAUGGGUCUUUGGAAGAGGGGGUUGUGAUUAAUGCCGGAAAGAGUAACACCAGGUCGGAGACUCCCAAUAUGGAUUCCAGUACAGCGAGGGGUCCCAGCUCGAGGUUUACAGCGAAUAGCCACGAGCCGGAAAUCAGGCUGACUUCGAGCCCGCCGCCCUCCACCUGGAGGUCUAGUGGGGACCUGCCACACUCCGAGAGUACCCUGAACCAGUGGUCAGCAGCAGGGUCCACGCCGAACCCGUGGCCACCACCCUCGCCCACAGCCAUGCCACCUCCCGAGGAUCUGCGGCUGGUGCUGAUGCCCUGGGGCCCGUGGCACUGCCACUGCAAGUCAGGCACCAUGAGCCGGACCCGGGCCGGGAAGCUGCAUGGCCUUUCAGGACGCCUUCGAGUUGGGGCGCUGAGCCAGCUCCGCACUGAGCACCGGCCUUGUACCUACCAGCAAUGUCCCUGCAACCGGCUUCGUGAGGAGUGCCCCCUUGACUCAGGUCUCUGUCCUGACACCAGCUGCACCACUCAGACCACUACCACCACCACCACCACUAGCUCCAUGCCCCCCCUCAGCACCAGACUCAGACCCACCCCCUUCCCCCUCUCCAGCCCCAGCCCCAGCCCAGCCCUUGCUUUUUGGAAACGGGUCAGGAUUGGGCUGGAGGAUAUUUGGAACAGCCUCUCUUCAGUGUUCACAGAGAUGCAACCAAUAGAAAGAAACCAGAGGUAAUGGCCACUUCAUCUGCAAGAAGAGGUGUUGGCAUCUCAACCUCUCCUUCCAUUUCAAUCCCAGCACCCACUGGAUAUUUUUAGUACAGAAAAACAAAACUAGAAAAAACA